AACAAAACUCUAGCGAAGCUGCAGUUAAAAAUCGUAUAAAAGCCAGAUGCUAACAGAAUAUAGUCAACAGUUUCGAUACCAAAGGGUUUUCAACAACAUCUCGACCGAAAAUGAAGUUCCUCCUCGUCCUGUCCGCCAUUUUGGCCAUUUCGUCUGCCAAACUGCAGCUUUCGGAUGAGCAGAAGGCGGUGGCCCAUGCCAAUGGCGCCCUUUGUGCCCAGCAGGAGGGCGUCACCAAGGAUCAGGCGCUCGCCUUGCGAAACGGCAACUUCGAGAACAGCGAUCCCAAGAUCAAGUGCUUCGCCAAUUGUUUCCUGGAGAAGACCGGCUUCCUGAUCAAUGGCGAAAUCCAGCCCGAUGUCGUUCUGGCCAAGCUGGGACCCCUGGCCGGCGAGGAUGCCGUGAAGGCCGUUCAGGCCAAGUGCGAUGCCACCAAGGGAGCCGACAAGUGCGAUACUGCCUAUCAGCUAUUCGAGUGCUACUACAAGAACCGCGCCCACAUCUGAGCGCAAAACAGCCGCUAUAAUAUUGUGUGAUAAUCUGUCUGUGACUUGAUACCUAUUUCGAUUUAAUUCAGUAUAUCGAUUGAUAAAAAAAUUAUUUAGAUCUAUAAAGGUUUUGAAUAAAUAUUCAAGCAAACUGUUUUGAAAGUA